AUGGAGGAGUUUAGAAAUGCUCUAUCCCUAGGAGGUUUGAGUGACCUUGGGUGGAGGGGUAAUAAAUUUACUUGGAGCAAUGGUCAUGCUGAUGGUUCUUUUGUAAAAGAAAGGCUUGAUCGUGCUGUUGCUAACCAAGUAUGGAGAAAGACUUUUAAUAAGGUUGAGGUGGAAUCUGUAAUAGCAUGGUGUUCUAAUCAUCUACCAAUUUUGUUGUCUUACUCUAGAGAAAGUUCUAUUAAUGAUAGAAAUAAAAGACUUUUUCGAUAUGAAAUGUGCUGGGAUAAGGAAAGAGAGUGCAGUGAAACUGUAAAGGAGGCUUGGGGAAGGAAUGAGGGGGAGAGAAGCAGGCUAUCAAAUGUUCAAAGGGGCCUCAACUUGUGUAGGCAGGCUCUUAGAAGGGAUGUUGAUGAUGCAGUGCUAGAGUUUCUUAAUGGGGGAAAUAUGGUGCCAGACUUAAAUCAUACGCUUAUUGCAUUAAUACCAAAGGUGAAGAUGCCCAAAGAGGUGAUGGAGUAUAGACCAAUCAGCUUAUGCAACGUUUUGUAUAAGCUGAUUUCAAAGGUCCUUACAAAUAGAGUUAAGAAGUACAAAAAAGAUGAUGGAAUUCACUGGUGGAAAUGGAGUAGGCUGGGGCAAGGAAAAAGUUAUGGUGGAUUGGGUUUUAGACAACUUGAAGACUUCAAUUUGGCAAUGCUAGCCAAGCAAGGAUGGAGGAUUCUAAAAGAUCCUUCUUCUUUAGUGGCAAGGAUCUUCAAAGAGAAAUACUUCAAAGACACAUCCAUUCUUGAAGCCUCACUGGGUAAAUUCCCCUCUUUCAUUUGGAGGAGUGUGUGGUCUACCUUGGGGGUGAUUAGGAGAGGAAUGAGGUGGAGGGUUGGUAAUGGUGAAUCCAUCAGUAUAUGGGGUCAAAAAUGGUUGCCAAAGACUAUGACUGGGUGUGUGCAAACUCCAGUGAAUGGGAUAAAUGCUGAUGCUCGUGUGAGGGUGUUGAUAAAUGAAGUUGGGGUUGGGUGGAAGUUGGAUUUGGUGAGUCAGGUUUUUGAUGAGGAGGAAGCUGAUUUGAUACUAUCCUUGCCAAUUAGUCCUAUGGGUGCAGAAGAUAGACUAAUUUGGGACCUAACUAAGGAUGGAAAAUAUACUGUUAGGAGUGCUUACCAUGUACAGCAGCAAGAGAGGAGGCAAAGGGUUGGGGAGACCUCAGAGGCUGGUAGAGGCGAAGUCAUAUGGAAAUAUAUUUGGAAGCUGGGAGUUCCAGGAUCUGUAAAGCACUUCUUGUGGAAACUGGCAAACAAUAUUUUGCUUACAAAGCAAAACUUAUACCAGAGAAAGAUAGUGAAGAAUGCAAUAGGCAGGGGAUGGAAGAAACCAGAAGGCCAGCUGCUUAAAGUAAACUUUGAUGCAGCAAUAAAAGAGUCUACUAAAAAGUUGGGUCUUGGGGUGAUUAUUAGAGAUUGCAGAGGGGAGGUUUAUGCUGCAGCAUGUCUUACAAGAGAGGCGAGCUAUGGGAUCUUUAGGGCUGAAUGUAUUGCUAUGUGGGAAGCUAUGGUUCUUUGUGAAGAACUGGGUUUAGGUGAGGUCAUCUUUGAAGGUGAUGCAAAGAGUGUCAUUGAUGCAGUGAGCAGUGGUGAGAAGGAUGACUCUAGCUACGGUCACUUGGUUGAGAAUUUGCAGCAGAAACUGAACUUCUAUUCAAGGUGGGAGGUUGCUUUUAUCCAUAGGGAAGGAAAUGAGGUUGCCCAUCAAUUAGCUAAACUGGCUUUAUAUGGGGAUAAUGAUAUGUACUGGGUAGAGGAGUGCCCUGAGGCCAUUACAGAUCAAUUGAGUAUAGACAAAAUGUAUACGGAUUUUGUUACAAGUUGA